GAGAGAGAGAGAGAGAGAGAGAGAGAGAGAGAGAGAGAGAGAGAGAGAGAGAGAGAGAGAGAGAAAAUGGUAGUCAAAUUUACUUUAGCCUACCCUAUUACAUAUAAGUUCUCUGUGAGUCAUAUCAGCUGAUCAUUACGUCACAAGUUUAUACAAGACAAUAGGUAUACGUAAUAUGUAUUUAUGAUAGAACGUUGAAGUAAUGCUGUGUUAAUGGUUAAAUUUACGUUAUUUUUUAUGUUAAUAUAGUCACCUGCUAGGAACAUAAUAGCUGGAGAUUUUUUUUUCUUUACAUUCGUGGUGUUUAAGAGAUAAAAGAACAAAAUACGACGAAAUAAAGGAUUUUAAAGGAGUUUUGUAUAUUCCUACAUGGGUAUUUAUGCUUAUAUUAAAUUUGUCAUGGUCAUGUAGCAUUGGUGUAGCUGGUGUGUGAUGUAAAGUGUUAUGCAAAGUGUUAGGUAAAGGCGGUGGCUACGUGAGGCAUCACAGCGAGACACCAGCUGAUCGAGUGACGGGCGCCAGUUUGCACGCCGGCUGGUUUUGUCUGUUCCUGGUACCUGUGUUGCCUGUGGUCGGUCCUGCACAACCACUUGCCUCCCAGAUUUCACAAGUAGAGACGAGAACACUAUUAUGGAAGUGAUUACCUGCCCUAGGUGAUGCACGGCACAGGCGUCUGAGCUCAACUUGCCUUACCUGUACUCUGUCUGUGCUUUGUCACUUGUGUGUAGGUCCAAGACACUGCAGGCUGGGCAGAGGAGUCCCACCUUGCCUCAUUGGUGUGUCGUGAUGUGGGAAAAUUAAUCUCACAGGUGACAGCGUAGGUGAGGCAAGUGGAUAAUGAUGGCAGGGUCGAGGGGAUGGCUGCCCGUUAGCACCCUGCGGGGCCAUGUGUCUCUCCCUAGUCUGGCCCGGGGGCUGCACAGCUCUAUUGGUGUGAGGAAGGAGCCUGACAAGAGCAUUGGCAACACCACCGUGUUGCUGCAGGAUGGCACCACCAUAGAGGAGCUGCCUGCCGUGGUCCGCAUCAUCAAUGGAGAGUUCCGUGUUGUGGGGCAGGGGCAGGCUGGCCAGCGGCUAGGAGGGCUGGGUCUGGAGAUCCCUCAAGUAUCCAGGAAUCUUUUCAAAAAUAUCAACUUUGAGGAGGAGCAGGAAAUGAUUCUGGGGUUCAUGCGGUGCAACAAGGUGAGUGAGGUGUUGCAGCUGCUGGAGGUGUGUCCUGAGGCAGAAGUAACUCCCGUUGUGGCACUGGCAGUCAUCCGCCGCAUUUUUGAUCUGGAGAACAACAUAGAGUACAGGAACCAGGGCAUUAACCAGUACCCAGAGGAGAACCAGUUCACCUUCAUGCGUGGUGCAGUGAUGAAGCGCCUGGUGGAGACAGUGUGCAGCAGCUCAGACGACCAGUUGCUGGUGGACACUCUGAGGGCCAUGGGGCGGGACACUUACCAAGGUGACCGCCUCAAAUACUUGGAGGCGCUGUGCACUGAGUGUAUGGUGGCAAUUACUGAGGGUCGACUCAGCAUUGUCCAGAUCUGCGAGGCAGCCCGAGCCUUCCAUACUCUUGGCCAGGAGGGGAUAAGGUACCUGGACCAGCUGUGGCAAGGGCUGACAGACCGGACAGCAGAGAUGGGGGAGAAGGAGGUGUGUGAGGUGAUGAGUGUCCUUCCACUGAUGAAAAAGAGCCGCAAGCAUGUGUACAACAUGGUGGAGAGGAGGCUAGGUGGUGUGUGGCACCGUCUCAGCUCUGAGGAUGUGAUCAGAGUACUGCAGAUCUUGGUGCAGCUCAAGAUGAGCCACAGUAGGAUGCUGCCCAUGCUUUCACGCUGGACUAGCCUCAACAUUCACACCCUGACGGAAGGGAACCUUCGCUGGCUGGUGUACUGUUUCAUGACCCUCGAUUUCUGUGACUCCGAGAUCCAGAAAGCACUGGGGCGGUUCAUGAAAGCCAAGAGGACAUCAAUAAAGGACCCAAGCCUGGUGGCCGUGGUGCUGGACUACUGCGUCAAGAUGCGUCUCCGUCACCCCGCCAUCAUGGAUGCCAGCUCUCUGUUUUUUUCCAGCCGAGCCAAAGACCUCUCAGUGCCUCAGAUCAAUAGCGUUUGUUGCUCCUUUGGUCUGCUGAACUAUGAGCCUCCAGAUGCUGCCACCUUCUUCCUCACUCUGGAGCAGCUCCUGGAUGAGAAGUUUGUGCAGUUCCCACCAGACUUGAUGAUUGACCUUCUGUUGUCGUGUGUCUAUUUGAAGAGAUAUCCUCUCAACUUUAUCAAGAAGGUAUUCAACCCUUACUUUUUUGACAAGGUGCACUCCCUGGAGCCUCCUGAGAUGCGGGUGGCACGCACCAAGCUCAUGGUGCUGGACAAGGCCCUGUGUCUGGAGGCCCCUCACUACCCUGGCCCCAUGCUGCCCAGAGACAACUCUGCCAAGAGCUUUUGGCGGGAUGCUCGCAUCUACCGCUGCCUCAACACAAUCCACCCACUACUUGUGGAAGUUGUGGGCAGUGAGGAGCGCAUCACUCGCUCUGCCAUCCUUCCCGGCUUCCCCAGCACAAACCUGUAUGUGGUGGACUGUGUGGUAGACAUGGCUGGUCGUUUGUCCCUCCACUCCUUCCGGUGGAGCAACAACAAGUAUGCCCUGCUGAUGCAUCCCCCAGAACACUUCAUGUUGAAGGAGGACAUCCUGGUGGGGCCCCAAGCCAUGCGGGUGAGGCACCUCACUCACUGUGGAUUCAAGGUGGUCAGUCUCAGGACGGACAUGAUCACCAAACUACGCAUUUAUCCUGAGCAGCUCAGAAAUUACAUUGAGAACAUGAUGAAGAUGGCAACAGUCUAGUCCAGUGUUGUUACUCUGCACAUGCAUCAGUUUGAUUAGAACAAUAUUAGAUCUGAGUGUACUUUUAAGUGUAUAGAAAUUAUAUUGUCAUUGUGAACUUUUGAUAGCCCAUUAUAAGGAAUCAAGACUGAGACACCAGGCUGUGUUGUGACUGAGUGAAAGCUUUUUUCACUGUGUGCAUUGGACCCGACACUCUGGCAGCUUUCAAUGAAGGUGUGAG